UUUCCCCCGAAUCAAAAUCCACUUCCCUCUGCUUUUCUGACAGGUGCCAAAUAAAAUUCAAGUGUUUGUAAAAAUUCCCCACGAUGGUCUGAGAAAAUGCUCUCCUCGAACUUUGCAAUUGCGGUGAUCACUAUCGUCCUCCGAGGACUGUUGGACAGAAUUUUGGCUGCCGUACAGACGCCCAUUGUCAAAACUUCGUCCACCCCAUCGUCCACCUCCAUCGUCGUAAUCUCUGGAAUCCUGUUGUUUCUUUACAACCGUCUGGUCAAAUCCCGGAAAAUCCAAGUCACCUAUCCGUCCACCACCCGAAGGAAAAUUCUAGAUGGACGCCUUCACCAAAAAGACUCCAGGUCUUCCUCUGGAAGCGCUAUAAGAAACCAUCAAACAUGGUCCCCGAGGAGGUUCAGACGCCGGUCUAGAAGCCAGUGCAGGAAUAACCUCCUCCAGACCGCGAAAGAGUCUCUGGAGAUGCUUCACGGCGACGACGUUUCUUCGUCCUCCAUGUUUUCGAAGAGCGGCUGCUCGGAGAAGUGUCGCUGUAAAGACAGCAGUGUGCCUAGGACGGAGAUGCCCGAGGCGUCUCCGAGCGUCUACAGCAUCAAGUCCGACGGGGAAGUCCCCGACAAGGUCGAAGACAAGAGGGACGACCCCGCGAACCAGUUCCAAGGUUUCGGGGAUUGCCAGUGGCAGGAGCACCAGAAGAAUCCGCGACGAAGGAAAAGAACGCGGUCCACGAGGAAAACGAGGAGCGGGAAAAUUUAUUCCUCUUACUUAUGAUGGUGUUACUAAAAUAAAUUGUAAUGACUGGUC